AUGGCUUUCCAAGGGGCUCCUUGGACCAUGUUUACAGCCUGUAUUGCUGCGGCAUCAAUCAUCUCCCUAGCGCGAGAAUCUGUCGGCGGUGAAACCUUCCAGGAUAGAAGUAUGGAGGAAGAAGCCGAGCAAGACGUUGAUGAAGAAGUAAAUUGGGAGUACGAGGAACUGGAGGAGCAGGAGGAAUAUGAGAAGGUUGGUGUCGAGCGCCGGAGCGCAGUUGAGCUUGUAUCCUUUUCGCUGGAGCCCUAUGAAUGUGCAUGGAGACGUGGGCGAUAUUAUAAUUUAUUGGAACGAUCCUCCUGA